CUUUUUUCUUCUUCUUUUUGGUUUUUAAGAUGCAAACCUCUUUGUGUAUGUUGCAUAUAUACAUACCAUGUCCUAAUGCAAACCCACUUACCUUUGAGUGUUGUGCACAGUUACCCCUGCUACAUUUGUUAAUUACCACAGUCUUAUCUGACUAACUGUUUUCUCCCUUAAUAUUUGCUCUCUUCAGUCACUCUUCCUUUAUUUGAUCCUGCAGGGGUUUAUUGCAGCAUAAUUAUUUCCAUGGUAACAGGCUGUAAUUCCAUAAACAGAAGAUUGAGUUUGUUAUAUGAUCAGGAAGCAGCUGGAGAGCCAUAAAAGGCUGAUUUUUCAGCAAUGCUGAAAUCCUGCAACCCUUAUUGAUAUAUUAAUGUAAUCAGCUGAAUUUCUUGCUCCCUUCACAAAUCCUCCCCUAAAUAAAGACACAUAACACAGUGUUGAAAUUCAAAGGUGUGUAAACUGAAAUGUUACGGGCAGAAUUUCCCCCCAUUCUUCUUAAGAAUAGCAAUGGGGGGGUUUUUUGAUUGUAUUUUGGGAAAAGAGAGAUAUACUACACUUCUGUGACUAUUAGCAGGGGCAGUGCACAAAUUAAUUGUAGAUUUUCAGUUUAUUGUGGGAUGAUGCUAUUUUUGUUACUUUCCUCAUUACAAUCUAAUUAUUCUCUGUAGAUUUUAAUGGAUUUACAGAAGUUAAGGUUUUGAGAAGUACAUUCUGUCCUUUGUCUGAAUAGUCUCUCAAAAACAUUCACAGUAAUUUCCUAGGUUUUCUCCUUAGAAGUGAAAUUCUGUUUGUGUGUUUGUAAAAAAAAAUGAUAAUUCAAUACUUAUAUUGGCUAAGCUCAAGGAACUGAGAACAGCCUAAAGCUCACAUCCUCAUUUUCAUCCUAAUCAAUGCACUUCUAACACAUGCCCUCUAGCUAAUGAAACUCUGAAUGAAACCUCAUCUACCCUGCAGACUAACAAAGCUCAAGCCUCUACUUUAAAGGAGCCAUAAAAAUAAUUUGCUUGGAAAGCCAAGAAAUCUCAAGUAAAGGACGUUGUGCUUAGACCAGAGUGUACCAGAUAUUUGAAUUGCAGAAGAACAAAAAAACACAACCCUACAAACACAGAAAACUCCGUGAGCUAUGGUUCAGCUCUCCAUGGCAAACAUAUAUCAGGCUGAUCAGCUUUUAGUGCACAUGCAGCCUAUUUCAAAUGCAUAAUAAAUUUCAAAAGUUUUUUUCUAGCCCAGAGAGAGAAAAGAAUAGAGAUGUUUUCUGUAGAGAGUCAAAAGAUACUUAUGUGAGUACAAAACUUCCCAGCGGGUGAGGAAGGACAGUCAAUUGCUGUUGCAGAGAUCUGUAGCUUCCAGGCAGGAAAAUUAUGGUGUGAAGCCCAGAGAAAAAAGGCUGUUCAUGGAAAUAGCAGAUUCCUUAGUACAACAUCCAGCAGAAUUUGAAUGCUGUCCUGUGGUUCUGAGAUGAUAAAUCAGUGAUCACACAAUUUUCUGCAUUUCCAGCCUGUGGUAUUCCCUACCAUGGAAAGGCAGGAGGGUGCUUGGUGCUCUCUGUCAUUUUGCUGGACUAAGCAGGCAGGCUGGGUGAUGGCACAGCUGGGAAUCCUGACACCAAACCAGGCCUCUAGCUCCUUGGAAUAGUUCCUGUGUGAGCAUGGGAUGGAUCACAAACAGGGGCUGCUGGGGGCUCUCUGACUGUUAAAGCAAUGCUGACCAAGCUUGGAGAAAGGAAGCUGGCUCCAGCAGUAUUCUAUUUGCUCUAAUUUUUCCAAAUUUCAUUAUUUCCAAAGCUCCAGCUUUUGUUUGGAGUUGUGAAAAAGGAGCCUAAGAACCCAUAAAACUCUUGAACCCAGUGAGUGAGUGGCUCAGCUCCUCUGUGAGGCCCGUGUCUCUGUUACAAGCCUCAGACACAACCUGGAGGUCUGAGCUGGCAGGAUUGGAAGGCAGGGCGGCCUGAGCUCCGCACACAGCCGUGAUUCCCCAUCAGCUGUGGUGCUUCUCUGUGUCCCCAGGUAACGGCAAACACGUGCACUGGCUGCGGGGCAAGGACGGUGAUGUCUGGGUCUGGGUGAUGGGAGAAGCCCCGGGGGACAAACCCUACGAGCAGAUCUCGGAGGAGCUCAUAGCAGAGCGGGCCAGGCAGCAGGCACAGAAGGAGGCAGAAGAAUUAUGGAGACAAAAGGAAGCUGAAAUAACAAAGAAAUUCCGUGAUGCUAUGGCUCAAGAAAAAGCCAGAAUAGUGGCAGAAAAAUGGAAAAUAGAAAUGGAGGAUCGGAAAGCAGCCAAACUGGAGGAAGAAAAAAUUCAGGAGGAACUGAAGAAAAGAGAAGAAGAGGAAAGACAGAAAGGUGAGGAACUUAUCAGGCAGCAGGAAGAAAUCCGGGCAAAGGAGCUGUACCUGAGCCUGAAGCAAGCUCAGCAGCACAGUCAGCACAGCGACGAUGACCAGGAGUGGGAAGAACAGUUGCGCCGCUCCAAGGCUGCUGACGAGGAGAGGAGCCACAAAGCGCGCAGGGCGCGGGACGAAUACCGACGGCAGUCCCUGCGCGCCAUCCAGAAGGGAAGAGUGGCUGGCCUGAGUCAUUUGUUCCAGGGGACAAACCUGGGCAAUGAUCAGGAGAUCAAAGUGAACAACAACAGUGCGACCCCUUUGCUGUCUCCUACAGCGUCCAGUAACAUCUGGGAGCGCCCUUCUCGGCCCUUCUCCCGAGAUGUCAUCAUUCGCUGGUUCAAGGAGGAGCAGAUCCCUCGGCGGGCUGGCUUUGAGAGGAACACCAACAGGAUUGCUCAGUGGUUCCAUGGCAUUAUCAGCCGUCAGGAGGCAGAGGAGUUGCUGAUGAAUAAAUCUGAAGGUGCAUUCCUGGUGCGAGUCAGUGAGAAAAUCUGGGGCUACGCAUUGUCCUAUCGCCAGCAAAACGGCUUCAAGCACUUCCUGGUUGAUGCUUCGGGGGAUUUCUACAGCUUCCUGGGGGUAGAUCCAAACCGACACCCAACACUCACAGAUCUGAUUGAUUUUCACAAGGAAGAAAUCAUCACGUCCUCAGGUGGGGAGCUACUCCUGGAGCCAUGUGGACAGCAGAAGAAUCCACCAGACUACAGUCCUUUAUUUGAAUAACUGAUCCAGGACCAACAGGAAU